AUGGCCCCAAAACGUUCUACUACGGCGACGAGGACCCCGGGCCGGCAAAUGCGUAGCAAGGGCAAACAGGUCAGCAAUCUCUCCAAGUCUAUCGCCAAAACGGUCAAGAAGGCGACUGAGAAGCAGAGCAAGCGGCAAGAGAAACAAGAAGAACCCCACGAUGAUCAGGGCGACGAGGGCAGCGAAUCCUACGACUUGGGGGAGAAGUUGAAAGGCCGAGGCAACAAGCUUCUCAGCCUCAGCAAGCAGGGCAAGAUCGCCAUGCUUCAGGACUAUGCGGACUUGGGUGACCUGCAGGAGUGCGACGUCUGCGAUGAUUGGCUGACCCAUGCCAUGAUCUUCGUGUUUCACAUCAACAAGAAGACCCCCUUGCCCGGGGUCAAGAAUGUCAGGUUCCUCGAGAAACUAAGGAGGCAAGCUAAGUUCAGAGUCGAGGACCUGCAGUUCAAAGCGGUGUCGGCGGGGACCAAGCUCAAGUAUGGGGAGCGAGACAGCAUUCGGUGCUACUACGUGACCCCGGGCAAAGAGGAAGGCCAGCAGCUCCUGCACUGCGGCUUCCUUGACGAAACAGCGGAACUGCCGAGGCUGUCGGCAGGUGCUGAGUGGGAGGUGGACGAUGUGAACUGCCUCGCCGCCUGCGUGCAGAACACCUCGAACCGCAUGGUCGCUCUCGACUGCGUCUCCUUCUUCCCCAAAGCUCAGGUGUUGCUGCCGGAGAAGCAGUGGGCUUACAGCAAGCCCAAGCCGGCCGAGACCGGCGGGAGCCCACCGGCCUCACUGAGUUUCAAGAACUUCGAUUUCCUCGCACUGCAGGACGAGCUGGCGGAGAUCAUGUUUUUGGUGCUCCGCAAGUUCUUGAAGAAUGAGGAGAAACAAGCAGCUGCGAGAAGCUUCUUGAAGACUGUGGCCAGCACCCUGGAAGCAGUGCAGGCCAAAGGAACACUUGCAGCAAAGCAGAUGCUCAAAGGGCAGCACAGUCCCAUAGGCAGCUGGGCUCUGGAUAGCUUGGCGAAGGUUGAGUUCCAGACGACUCCUGCUGAGGUUUUUCACAUGGUUCGUCAGCUCUUCGGAGGCCUCUUGAACACCGAGCUCGUAGAAGAUCUCAACAAACUUCAACGGGAACACGAAUGCAGAGACUCCACGAAGCAGGAGGUGAGCGAGAUGUUGAGCUGGCGGAUAGGGACACAGCAUGACCUGCUGAAGGGCUACAAGCGGAAGGAAAUCCAAGCUGCCGACGUGAGAAGUCCGCCCAAGGACUACGACCCCCAGCUCCUUUUCAGGCGGCAAGUCGACAGGAUGAGCAAGCCAGAGAGGACUGAGAGAGAGGAGAAGAUCGAGAGCACCUUGAAGAAGAUCUGCGGACCGACAAAGUGGUAUGUUUGCACGCCCGAAAGCCAUCAGCAGACCAUGGUGAACCUUGCCUUGUUGGUGCAUAUCAAGGAGGAGUUCGAGAAGGUGGAAUCUGCGUGGCACGGCUCUCUUUUGCCGGAGGGCCACGUGGCCUUUGUCAACAACUACAAGUUCGUGCUGCGGACGUAUCGGAAUGGGGCCUUGGUGUGGCCGAUGACCACGAAGAUCCUCACUGAGCGGGGUGAAGGCUGCAGAGCAUGGACUUUCGACUUGGAGGUUUCGGAACUGGAGUUCCUGUUCGUCUUCGACAAGACAAGCGUCCUCGUGCAUCCGCUGAAGAUGAUGUCGCCCGUGCGAAUGUGGCUUGCGCACAAGUCAUCCGGAUCCGGCGUGACUCUCACGAGCCACAAGGCAGCCUGCUCCUUGGAGUCUUUCCACGCGAGCACAGGCUUUGCCAACCUCUCCGAAGAGAUCCUCAAGCGGCUCUGCAAGGACUGGGCAGUGCCCCUUCCGAAGAGCCAAAAAGCCCUGGCGGAGACUAAGGCUCUGCGAACUGCUCUGCUCCUGAACAAGAACCCGGGUCUUGAGGCUGCGUCCGUGAAAGCCGCUGUGAUGAAAGGAGAUGGCAAUCUGGAAGGCGAAGACGAGUUCGACCUUGAAGAAGUCGAGAAUAUUUUGCAAGAUACCACAUUGGCAAAUGAGAAGGACCAGAUCAUGAAGCUCAUGAAGAGCAGCACGAAGAAGAAGACAGAAGUUCAGGUCAGCGAAGCCAUGCAGAAGUGCUUCGAGGACGUGGUGGAGAAUCUGUCUGGCACUGGCGGCGGCACGAGGACGUACGAUCCUGUGCCUGCAGAGAUAGAUCGCCUCCUGCAUGCAUCCAUCCCGAUGGGAGGCAAAGUCUACACCGACGAAGACAAUGGUCGGUGGAAGAUUGGCUUCAGCACGGAUGAGGUUCAUCAGCAGCGGUCGCUAAGCUGGACGACCGCUGGAGGGCCAGCCGCGGGCCUGGCAGCAGUGCGGCAGCUCUGGUCCUCAAGCGAGUUGUGCUCAGGAGAAGGCAUGUCGGAACAGGCCGCCAAGAAUGAAGAGGCAAUGAUUGCCGCGAGGGAGCCUGGCCCGCAAAAGACAUUUUUGUUUCUGAAAUAG